AUGGCUGAUAGUAUCUCAACUGCCCCAUCCACAGCCUCGGGCGGCCGUGGGAGUGGCCGUCGUCGUGGCCGCGGAGGGACCUAUCCCCCAGCUCGCACUGAUGAACCCCACGACACUGCAGAUGGCGCAGGGCGAGGCGGCAAAGCCCGUGGUCGCGGUGCACGAGGAGGUCGCGGGGGGCGCGGACGAGGAGGCUCCGCAAGCCAGAGCAAAGACCAGCACCAAAAUGGGGUUGACAAGCCUGAACCUCAACCUACGCCAACUGCGAUGGUCAAUGACGUGAAAGAGGUCCCUACCGCUACCGAUGACGCCGAUGAUGGUGAGAUCUGUUUUAUUUGUGCGUCAACUGUCGAGCACACAUCAGUGUCGCCCUGCAACCACCGUACAUGUCACAUCUGUGCGCUCCGCCUUCGCGCCCUGUACAAGAACAAAGGCUGUGCGCAUUGUCGAACUGAAUCUGCCUUUGUUAUCUUUACCGAUGACCCCCUGCGCCGCUUUGAAGAGUUUGACCAAAACGACUUUGCUCGAACAGAUGAAAACUUGGGAAUUCGAUAUGAGAAAGAUGAGAUCUUUGAGGACACGGUCUUGCUACUUAGAUACAAUUGCCCUGACAAAGACUGCGAUGUCGCCUGUCUUGGUUGGCCAGAUCUACACCGUCAUGUGAAGAGCAAGCACGGGAAAGUGAUGUGUGACCUUUGCACACGAAACAAGAAAGUGUUCACACACGAACAUACUCUUUUCACUGUGGCCGAGUUGCGAAAGCAUGAAAGACAUGGCGAUCACAAGCCUGGAUCCAUUGAUCAGAGUGGCUUCAAAGGUCAUCCCGAGUGUGGAUUCUGUCGGAUCCGAUUCUACGGGGACGACGAGCUCUACACCCACUGCCGCGACAAGCACGAGCGGUGCCACAUUUGCGACCGGCGAGCGUCCCAUCGUCAGCAACAGUACUACAUUGACUACAACGCUUUGGAGGCUCAUUUCCAAAAAGAUCACUUCCUGUGUCUUGACAAGGAGUGUUUGGAGAAGAAGUUCAUGGUCUUUGAGUCUCAGAUGGACCUCAAAGCGCAUCAGCUCGAGGCUCAUCCUAACGGAGUUUCCAAGGAUCUUCGUCGCGAUGCACGAAUGGUGGAUCUCGCGGAAUUUGACAUUCGAAGCCCAUACCAACCCCAGCGUCAACGACGAGGAGCUGGUCGUGGCCGGGAUCCAAACGCCGAGCCCUUGCCAGUCUCAAGUGCACAGCCGCUAGGGCGCGCGGAGCAGGCCUUUCAAAGGCAACAAGCCAUCCAGAGCGCCCAGUCAGUCACGACACGCAGCUUUGGUGGACAGCUUAGUAGGAAUGAGACGCAAACGGUGCAAGCACCUGCCCGAUCUGCCGCAGCCACACCCAACUCGGCUGCGAGAUCUCGUCCACCUCCCACGGCUGAGCUAGAGAGUCUCAGUAUUGCAGCGACCUCUGAACCAUUGAGUCCGCAAGAUCAAGCUCGUCGUCUGCGACAUGCCGCCGUCGUUGAGCGAGCCUCAAAUCUUUUGCACAAUGAUGCCACCAAGUUGGCUGAGUUCCGGAAGAGAGUCUCUGACUAUCGGGCAGCCUCAAUUGGUGCGACAGAGCUCAUCGACGCCUUCUUUUCUCUCUUUGACACAUCAAGCUCUGAGCUGGGAAAGCUCAUCAAAGAGCUUGCCGACAUCUAUGAAGACGAGAGCAAGCGGACCAGUCUCCUCCAAGCCUGGAAUGACUGGCGAGCUAUCAAUGAGGAUUACCCUGCGCUACCAGGCCCCGGGGGCUUAUUACCCGGUAUGUCCCCAGGCACUGUGAGCACAGGUGGCAGUCGAGUUUUGCGAUUAAAAUCGUCCACGGCGCAAUCUUCACGCUCCGCUGUCGGCCGCAGUGGUGCCAUAUCAUCAUCCUCAGCCAACCCUUUCCCUCCUCUCUCUGCAGCAGUCGGGGCCUCGUCUCGUCGCAACAACACUGCUUCCUCUACUCCCUGGGCUGCUGCCGCGCCAUCACCUUCAAUCAGUCGCCCUUCCUACACAACUCCGGCCCCCCGCUCCUCUCAAGCUACAUCGAGCAAUUCAGCUCGACCCAGUACCGGUGCGGAUGCAUUCCCUGCCCUGCCCGUGGCGGCGAAACCAAACGUGCUGAUGCCGGGCAAGACUCGUGGGUACGUCAGAUGGGAUGAGCGAAAGGCUGCACCAGCCAACGCCUGGGGGUCCAAUCCAUCCUCGGGUGGAGCUUCUCCGGCCGAGCUAAUGGACGAUAUGGACGACGAGCCUAGCGAUGGGAAAAAGGGCAAAAAGAAGAAGGGCAAGCAAACUCUCUUCCACUUUGGAUGA